AGUCGCGGGCUACUUGAACUGAGAAAGCAACACUAAUCAGAGCCGGGGUUGAAGAAGCAUUCAGGUCGCGUUGGGAGUCGAAGAGACGCGUUUAUUAUCUUUUUAGUUUCAUGGAUGGUUAAUUAAAAAAAUAUAUAUAUAUGGCGCUCCUUUUUGUAGUUUAGCUUGUUUCCUUUAUAGUUUUGCCUUCAUUUGUAUAUUUUUUCCACCAGACGCUGCUGUUUGAAUUUGUUUUGUCUUGCUUAGCAACAGCGACUUCACGGUUCAGUAUUUUUGCAAGAUGUCCGCGGCGGAUGGAGCAGAAGAAGCUGUGUACCAUGAGAAUCAGGAAAACAUGGCCGGACGGUUACGAGGUUCAAAUAAGAGCAGACUGGAGAACCAGGAGAACGUGAACGCUAGUAAACAGACCACCAGAACCGUCCUGGGAGCUUUGGCCAACAACCAACGCCGGCAGCCCGCCCUGAGAGGCUCCAAACAGGGCUCAGCACCCCAAGCCUGUAAAUCAGAAGACUACAGCAAAAGCUAUGUCGAGAAGCCUGCAGCCAAACAACCUGCUUUUCAGAUUCACAUCGACGAACCUGAUGGGGCCUGCUCCAAAAAACAAGCGUCUGCCAAACAAGCCGCCGUGAAUUGCUCUGCGUUAACACUGAAUCCGACAGUAACGCGGCUCAGGCAGCCUCUCGCUACUAUUGACCUUCCUAUGGAGCUCAGUUUUGAUUCUCCCAUGGACAUGUCGAUCGUUGAGAGUGAGGAGAGGACUGUGAAUGUAAAUGAAGUUACCGAUUACGCUUCUGAAAUCCAUACACAUUUAAGGGCGAUGGAGGUUAAGUGCAGGCCGAAAGCAGGCUACAUGAAGAAGCAGCCAGACAUCACGAACAGCAUGCGUGCCAUCCUGGUGGACUGGCUGGUGGAAGUCGGAGAGGAGUACAAGCUCCAGAACGAGACGCUGUACCUGGCUGUGAACUACAUCGACCGCUUCCUGUCCUCCAUGUCCGUCCUGAGAGGGAAGCUGCAGCUCGUCGGCACGGCAGCCAUGCUCUUGGCUUCGAAGUUUGAAGAGAUCUACCCCCCAGAGGUGGCAGAGUUUGUCUACAUCACUGACGACACCUACUCAAAGAAGCAAGUGUUAAGAAUGGAGCAUCUGGUCCUGAAGGUCCUGUCUUUUGAUCUGGCCGCACCAACGAUCGUCCAGUUUCUCACGCAGUACUUCCUCAAGCAGCGAGUCUGCAACAAAGUCGAGAGCUUGUCCAUGUUUCUCGGAGAGUUAAGUUUAGUGGAUGCAGACCCCUUCCUGAAGUAUCUCCCCUCUCAAAUGGCUGCUGCUGCCUUUAUUUUGGCAAACUACACCAUCACAGGGGCUUCUUGGUCCAAGGCUCUGGCUGAGAUGACUGGUUACACAUUGGAAGACCUCAUGCCAUGCAUCCAAGAUCUCCAUCAGACCUACCUCGGUGCUGCUCAGCACGCACAGCAGUCCAUCAGAGAGAAAUAUAAGGGCACGAAACACCAUGAAGUUUCUCUCCUCGAACCCCCACAGAAGCUGAUGUUGAAUUGACCCUGACUCCCCCCCCCCCCCUCCCCAUCCCCUCCCCUCAAAUUCCCGACUCUAACAGGAAUUGUGUGUGUAUAGUCCUCACGUUGCAUAAACAUGUAACUGCAAUAACUGACACCGUAGCCUUCCUGUGUGGAGGAUAUGGUGAAAUUAGCAUGUCAUGUAUAUUUUGUGCAGUCCUGAAGGACUGCUGUUUUUUUAUGCUUGAUGCAUCCAGAUAUUUUGUACAGUAGAUAAUCCUUAAAGCAUUUUUACUUUUUUUUUUAAUGAAGGCAACAAAAGUGGUUUUCUAUACAAUUUCAAUGGAGAUAUUUUUCCACCUUGAUAUCUAAAUAAACCACUGGGUUUUUCUAUAUAAAAAAA